AUGUACUCAUUGAAGCUUGCUGGAUCAGCACUACUUGCUGGUCAAGUGGCUCUUUCGCAGUCCGUCUUUACUCAAAAGUUUUUGGAGCCUUUUGUCAAGACCGAUGUUGUCGCCAAUGAUCAAGCGGCUUUCCCUUACACUGUUUGUGAAGUCUCUCGUCAAACCCUCAACUUAGGCAAGGACAAUUCCGUUUCUCUUACCAACUGGGUUGCUACAGAUGAGAGUGACUACACCCUUUACAUCCACACUCAAUUGCUCAAGGGUACUAUCAAGAGCACAUCUCUUUACGACUCUUCUGAAGUUGGAUCCUUCUCUGGAUUCUCUCAACUUGAGGAUGGUGUCCUUUUCACUUAUGAAUCCAUUAACCCAGCCAAGUUCUCUGAUGAUCUUGCACUUCAAUUGAUCACAGAGACUGGUUCCUAUGUUCUCUCUUCUGACUGUGAAGCACCAAACGCUGCUGCUCAGUCAUCUGAGGAAUCAUCUGAAGAGUCCUCCGAGGAGACUUCUGAAGAGACCUCUGAGGAGACCUCUGAGGAGACAUCUGCUGAAUCCUCUGAAGAGACUUCUGAAGAGACCUCUGAGGAGACUUCUGAAGAGACCUCUGAGGAGACUUCUGAGGAGACUUCUGAAGAGACCUCUGAAGAGACCUCUGAAGAGACCUCUGAGGAGACAUCUGCUGAAUCCUCUGAGGAGACUUCUGAAGAGACCUCUGCUGAAUCCUCUGAAGAGACAUCUGAGGAGACAUCUGAGGAGACAUCUGCUGAAUCCUCUGAAGAGACUUCUGAAGAGACCUCUGAGGAGACUUCUGAGGAGACUUCUGAGGAGACUUCUGAAGAGACCUCUGAAGAGACUUCUGAAGAGACCUCUGAGGAGACCUCUGAGGAGACCUCUGAGGAGACCUCUGAGGAGACCUCUGAGGAGACCUCUGAGGAGACCUCUGAGGAGACCUCUGAAGAGCCAACAACUGCUAGCUCCAGCGAGCCUAUUACUGAAUCUUCUACUGAAUCCUCUUCUGAGUCUGAAACUCCAACUGAACCUGUCAUUGAUGGUGGAUUCAACCCAGAAAACGAAGUUGCAACCUGGAACAUUGAGAUACCUGGUAACGUUGGUCCAUGGUUGUCUGUCGAAGUUAGUAUCACAAAGGAUGCUGCCACUGGUGAGACUUUCGACUUUACCUCUGCCACUUUGUACCUCAAUGGUCAAGUCUACUCAUCUGCUGUUGUCGCUGUUUCUGACGAUACUAUUGACAUUGUUAUUUCAGAAGCCAUUGGACUGGAUGAUUUGAUCACUAUCACUUUCAAUGCCGACACAUUCAGUGGAUAUGAGUGGACUGCCCUUGCUAAUAUGAAAGACUUGUCAAGAGAGCUGUCAUAG